AUGGCAGAGCAGCCCCGGCCCCAGAGCCCGGCCCCAGAGCCCGGCCCCAGAGCCCGGCCCCAGAGCCCGGCCCCAGAGCCCGGCCCCAGAGCCCGGCCCCAGAGCCCGGCCCCAGAGCCCGGCCCCAGAGCCCGGCCCCAGAGCCCGGCCCCAGAGCCCGGCCCCAGAGCCCGGCCCCAGAGCCCGGCCCCAGAGCCUCGGACCCGUGGCUCGGUGCAGACCCGUGGCUCGGUGCAGACCCGUGGCUCGGUGCAGACCCGUGGCUCGGUGCAGACCCGUGGCUCGGUGCAGACCCGUGGCUCGGUGCAGACCCGUGGCUUGGUGCAGACCCGUGGCUCGGUGCAGACCCGUGGCUCGGUGCAGACCCGUGGCUCUUGCAGAUGUAGCGUGACGUUUGCGGCAGGAGCCCACACCUCAGAGCUUUAUGACUCCUGGUUCUGGAUAAAGAUAUGGAUCAGUUUCGUUCUGAGGCCGAGAGGACGGGGUUAA